AUGAAUCCUGACGGAGGAAAUUACUACUUAAACGAGAGACAGGACGGCUUAUACAUCAUUUCUAACAGCAGUGAAACCGCAAACGACAUGUCUGAAUCUCAGGGUAAACCUGCCCCUCUCCGCGUGGGCAUAGUGCUAUUCCCAGGCUUCCAAGCCUUGGAUGUAUUUGGCCCAGUGGACUGCAUGAACGUCCUGUCAUGGAGCCACAGCGUGACGUUGGCACUCAUAUCCUCAACCUUGGAGCCAGUGACAACGAAGUCGCCAGCAUCCGCCAAUGCCAUAGGCCAAAGUGUGGUGCCAACCCACACCUUCGCAACAGCACCGUCUCUAGAUCUGCUUUUCAUCCCUGGUGGCCUGGGCACACGCGGCUCGAGUCCAGCAAUCGAGGAAGCAAUCUCCUACGUCCGGAACGUAUAUCCCCAGCUGGGCUAUCUCAUCACAGUGUGUACUGGCGCCGGGCUUGCGGCUCGAGCUGGGGUUCUGGAUGGGAAACGAGCCACGACGAACAAGAUGGCCUGGGCUGAGAUCACAAGCUUGAGGGUGGAUGUUGAUUGGGUUCCUCGUGCGAGAUGGGUCAUUGAUGGCAAAAUUUGGUCCUCCUCCGGGGUUAGCGCUGGUAUUGAUGUUACAUUUGCUUGGAUUGAAGAGGUCUAUGGAAGCGAGUUGGCAAGGAAGAUCUCGGAUAGCAUGGAAUAUACUCGACAUAAGGACCCUACUCACGACCCGUUUGCUGAACUUUAUGGGCUUUGA